GUCUCAUGACCCCACCUCUUAUAUAUAACUGUGUUAAAUGAAGAAUAUCAUCACAGUUCAACCUAACCGUCCUAACGUGAACAUCUUCAGUAUGAAAAUUUCCAUCAUCGUUUUCGUUGCCUUUUUUGGCAUUGCCUGUGCUCAAUUUCCGGGUGGACGGAUUUUGGAACCUCCAGUACCUGCUCUUUGUGCCAAAAGAACUAUUCAUGAAAGAACACCUGAUGGUAAAGGAUACAUGUUCAGUUGGAGAGAACCAUCUUUAAGAAAUAUCGAAGAAGAUUGGUUGGGAGGUCGCAAUUAUUGUAGACAACGUUGUAUGGAUUUGGUUUCUUUAGAAACAAGCGCUGAAAACGAAUGGGUUAAACAAAGAAUUGUUAGCGAUAAGGUAAAAUACAUUUGGACUUCAGGUCGUUUAUGUGAUUUUAAAGGUUGCGAACGUGCUGAUUUACAACCUGUUUCUGUAAACGGUUGGUUCUGGACUGCCGUUUUACAAAAAUUGGCUCCAACUACAAACAGGCAACAAAACGAUUGGAGUGAAAAUGGUGGCAUUGGAAAACCUCAACCAGAUAAUCGCGAAGCACAACAAGGCGGAGCUACCGAAAAUUGUUUGGCUGUUUUAAAUAAUUUCUACAACGAUGGUAUUCAUUGGCACGACGUCGCUUGUCAUCACGUCAAACCAUGGGUUUGCGAAGAAAACGAAGAUUUAUUGAAAUACGUUCGUUACACAAACCCCGAAUUACGAGUUUAAUCAAUUUAAAGUUUUUUUUUAAGAUCAAGGGAUGACUGAUGAUUUUAUUUAUGAGUAUUUAAUUGAUACCUUUUAAUGUACAAAAUAAAUUUUAAACUAAU